AUGAAUGAGAAACUUUUUGCUCUUGAUGAAGAGAAUAUCUAUGAACAUCUUUUUGAAAGGUAUAGUCAAUUAAAUGGUAACAUUGAAGGAAUAAAGCAAGAUUUGGGUAUUCAUGACAAGACACAAAAUGUUAUAGAGGUUGAUAUACAAGACACGAAAGUUGAAAAAAAAAAGCGCAAAAAGAAAGUGCGUAGUGAGAUCUAUAAUUUUGUCAUUGAGCAAUCAUUAAGUUCAUUAGGUUCAUCUAAUGAUAACAAUAAAAAUUCCACCACUGGUUAUGUUUUAUGGAGUACUACUUUGAUUUUUCUAAAUUGGUUAUUAUAUGGCGAGAGUGACGUUUGUAAAUUGAUUAGAAAUGGUGAGGCAAUACAAGGCAAUGAAGUUUUGAAAUUUGAUGGAUUGUUUCAAAAAAAUGAUUCAGGAAAAAAAGGUAUUAUUGAAUUAGGUUCUGGAAUAUCAGGCAUUUUAAGUAUUGUGAUGAGUAAUCAUGUGGAUUAUUAUGUGGCUACUGAUCAAAAUAGUAUUUUAAAUAAAUUGAAAUUUAAUAUUAGACAAAAUAUUUUACAAUUAAAUAUGAAAAAAUGUAAAUCUAAAUCAUUAAAUUUCAAUACCAAAGAGGAGGAGGAGGAUGAACAAAGAGGAGUUGACUUGCAAGAUUCAAGACAAAGGAAACAAAUAGUUCAAUUAGAAACCUUACCAUUAGAUUGGGAAACUUUCCAAUUAUUGAAAAAUAAUCAACCAUUAGUAAAUUCUAAUUCGAAAUAUCCAAUAUUAUAUCAAUUAAAGGAGGAUUGCUCCAGUAUCGUUAUAUUAGCUAUGGAUGUCAUUUACAACGAUUAUUUAAUUAAACCAUUUCUUGACACGGUGAAAGAAUUAUUUCAAUUUUAUCAGCUAAAAUCCAAAAUUCAAAUCUCUUGUAUAGUUGGGCUUCAAUUAAGAGCCCAAGAUAUGAUUGAAAUGUUUCUUGAAACAAUAAUAUGUGAAUACCAGUUUGUGGUGCAUCACGUGUCUGAUUCAAUGUUGGCACAGACUCGUUGUGGGGUCUAUUUGCUAUCUCCACAGACAAAAUAG